AUGGCCGCCACUGAGACAAAACGAGAGGAACGACGGGAAGAAAGAGACGAGAACCAAAAAAGUUCGGAGGAGAUGAACUUCAUGCAGCGCUUUCACGCGAAUCACGGGUUCUCGGACACGCCGUUGUGCGGCCUCGCGUACGCGAAGGAAUCUUUCAACUUUUACAAAAAGAACAAGUUACGAUUGAAAAAUGAAAUCUUGUCUGGUUUGACGGUGUCGAUAGCGCAGGUGCCAGAAUCGGUGGCGUUUAGUUUCGUGGCGAAAGUAGAUCCGUUAGUUGGAUUAUACGCAACGUUUUUUCUAGGAAUAAUCACCGCUCUCAUCGGGGGGCGUCCAGGAAUGGUUUCUGGGGCGGCGGGCGCGAUGGCGGUUGUCGCCGUCCAAAUCAUGGAACCGAACGGCUUAUUGCCGGUGGAGAAACUUGUCUCUUUAGGGGAAAUUGCGGGAUGCACGGAGAUUACAGAUUCGUGCAAAUCGUUAAGAGAUCAAGCGUACGAUAAACGCGUGGAAUAUCUGUUUAUGGUCAUGAUUCUGUGCGGCAUUUUGCAAAUAGUUCUCGGUCUCAUUCAAGCCGGUCGCUUGGUGCGUCUCAUUCCCAACACGGUCAUGACCGGUUUCGUAAACGGUUUGGCGAUUAUAAUUUUCAAAGCGCAGCUGGAGUCUUUUCAAGAAGUGGACUGGAAAAAAGGAUUCAAAGUGUUUGAUUCGACCGGAGCAGGGGAAAUUUCAUCCGCGGACAUUACGCGCGUCUUUGCCGAAGAGUUGCCGGAUUUAUCUGCGGAUCAGUUGAACACUUACGUCGGCGCGAUUCUGAGCGAAGCAGACGCGGAUAACUCAUCGACGAUUUCUUUGAGUGAAUUCAAGUCAGACAAAGAUUUUCUCAUUCACACUGGUUACGAGGAACAGAAAACGUGGAGAAGUGCAUCUGAAGCAUCGACGUGGAUUAUGCUGCUGUACGUGUUUGGGUCUAUGUUAAUCGUCCAUUAUUUACCGCGCUUGACCAAAAUGGUCCCAAGUUCACUCGUAUCUAUUCUUUCGUGCUUGAUUUUCGAGCACGCUAUAAACAGAACGGCCAUAGGAGCAGACACACCCACCGUAGUAGAUUUAUCUCCGGUAAAAGGAGCGUUUCCGACGUACCACACUCCGGAUGUGGAUUUAACGACGGAGUCGUUUGGAAUUAUCGCUCCGUUGAUAUUUUCCUUGGCGGCGGUCGGGUUGAUUGAAUCUGUAUUAACCUUACAGCUCGUGGAUGAAAUCUUGGAGGAUACGUCUGAUGCGACUGGUAGAUGCACGCAAGAGUGCGUCGCGCAGGGCGUCGCAAAUCUCUUGAGUGGAAUGUUCAAGUCUAUGGGCGGGGACGCGAUGAUUGGCCAAAGUACAAUUAACGUGAAAUCAGGAGGAAUCGGAAGAUUAUCGACCGCUUUUGCGGCGACCAUGUUUUUAAUAUUCGUAGUUGCGGCUUCAAAAGUUAUCGAGUUAGUCCCCGUCGCCGCGCUCACGGGUGUGUUGUUCAUGGUUGUUAUUUACACCUUUGAUUGGAGUUGCUUAUCCCUCAUGACGGGAAACGUUCGAUCUCUUUAUAUUCCAGGUAGAAGAGAAGGAGAAGACGCGCAGCAAGAAACCACGGGAAAUGACGAGCAAUCGGCAAAGAACAACUCGUACAGGGUGGAUUACGCCGGUCGUCGCCGUCGUAAAUGUUUCGCGGAUACGACCGAUCGCGUGCGUUUGCAAGACACGUUUUUAAUAUUGUUGGUAACGAUCUUGACGGAGCGCACAAACUUAGCCAUCGCGACUGGUACCGGGGUAGUUUUCGCGGCACUAUUGUACGCGUGGGAUAAUUCAUUCAAUGCGCUCGAUGUAGUACGUACAACUGAAACUUUAAGCGAUGGAACGGAGAGAGCGGUGUAUCGAUGCUCCGGGGAAUUAUUCUUUGGAACGGAUCGCGCGUUUAAAAACGAGUUUGCGCUUCGCGUCGAUCCAAACGAUAUCGUCCUAAACAUCGAUAAUUGCAGAGUGUGCGACUACUCCGGCUUAGCAGCUAUGAACUCCUUGUGCGAUAGGUAUCUCGCUCUCGGGAAGACUUUGCGAAUAUCAAACUCCAACCCGGAAAACGCGCUCAUCAUGGAAAAACUCGGAAUAAAAUUCAUCCCGGCCGUUUUUGAUUCCAACGAAGGAGUCAUCCCGCCGUUGACGAACUAA